AUGCAUGGUGGCUCGGCUUGGAACUGUUGCCCAGAAUAUUGGACAGAGUACCGCGGUUACUGUUACCGAGUCUUCGGCCAACCGUUAUCCUGGCAAGACGCCGAUAAAUACUGCCAGUUUUCUAGUGGCGCCCCUCGUGGAGCAGCUCAUCUUGUUUCCCUUCAUAGCCAGGCCGAAUCUAAUUUCGUUAGAGAUUUGUGGAUUACAGCUACCGAUUUCAGGGUGCGAGAAGCCGUCUGGAGAACCAUGUACUGGAUUGGCCUAAAUGACAUCUACCACGAGGGAAGCUUUGUAUACUCUGAUUACUCCAGAUUCGAUUUCAACAACUUCCAUGCUCACGAACCAAACAAUCACAACGGAAACCAAGACUGCAUUGUGGUGUGGGAUUACCAACACACCCGCAGGGCAACUUGGGACGACCAGCAAUGCUAUAACAAGCAUCCUUUCGUAUGCAAAAUGCCAAAACAUUAA